AUGGAAACCUACUCCCCCUUUCGCAAUGCAACAAAAACUCACCCAUCAAAACUUAAACUUCCCUCACUUAAGAUCACAAAUGCCAAGCCCAUCAUCACAACCAACAACUACUACUCUUCCUUAAUAACCACCACCAUUGAUCCCAUCAAGAAACUCCUCAGAAUCACCCCUCAAACCAUUGACCACACACAACACGUCAUUAAGAAGACAAAGGCCGACGAAAACCGACCUUCCCUUGCAAACCGCAUCCUCAACGCGCUCGACGACUUCGUAAACUCCAAAAUCGACCUACCUUUCCACCCUUCAAUCGACCCGAAAAUCGUCCUCUCGAACAAUUUCGCCCCCGUGGACGAGCUCCCCCCUACGGCAUGCACGGUUGUCGAGGGCUCACUCCCUCGCUGCCUCGACGGUGUGUACGUGCGAAACGGGCCCAACCCGCAAUUCACCCCGACCGGCACGUACCACUAUCUAGACGGCGACGGGAUGCUUCACUUGAUAAAAAUCACGCGCGGCAAGGCCACGUUCUGUAGCCGCUACGUGAGAACGCAUAAAUACGAAACCGAGCGCGAAAUCGGGCGGCCCAUUGCUCCAAAUUUUUUCGCGUGCUUCAACGGGCGGGUCCUACCAACCUUGGCCCGUUUGACUUUAGUCUUGGCCCGGGUGGCGGCGGGCCAAUUUGACCCGGCGAACCGUGGGUUCGGCGUGGCCAACACUAGCGUGGCUCUAUUAGGCGGCCGCCUUUUCGCGCUUUGCGAAUCCGACCUCCCGUACGAGGUGAAGGUAACCGAAGAAGGAGAUUUGGUUACGGUCGGGCGUCACGAUUUUCAUUCGAGCGAGGCGUUUUCGAGGAUGACGGCCCACCCGAAGGUGGAUCGAGAAACAGGGGAGACGUUCUGUUACGAGUACGACGUCUUCCGUCCGUUCCUAACGUUUUUUCGGAUAGAUUUCGAGGGAAGGAAACGGAAGGGCAUCCCGAUUUUCUCGGUCGGUAGGUGCACGGCGAUUCACGAUUUCGCCGUCACAGAAAACUAUAUCGUCUUCUGCGAUGGCGGAAUCGUGGUGGACCCAUCCAGGGUUUUGAGGGGCGGGCCGCCAGUUGGGGUAGAUUUCGGCAGGACCCCUCGAUUAGGGAUCGUUGGGAAAUACGCGGUGGAUGGCGGAGGGACGCGGUGGUUCGAAGCGCCGGGGUUCAAUAUGCUUCACUGCGCCAACUGUUGGGAAGAGGGCGGAGGUGCCGGUGGCAUGGUGGUGAUGGUGGCAUCGAACAUCGGGUCGGCAGAGAGCAUCUUGGAGAUUGCCGACUCGCCGAGGAUGACGUUGGAGAAGGUGAGGAUCGGAGUCGGGGAGAGGACGGUGGAGAGACGGGCGUUGUCCGGCGAGUUUCUCGAUUUUGCGGCCUUAGUUGGGGUGGUGAAGUUGGACCUAACUCUAGCCGACGAAUCUGGCCGUGACUGCACGGUGGCUCGACGGCUAUACGGGCCGGGCUGCAGCGGUGGUGAACCAUUUUUCGUGCCGAGACAGCCCGAAAACCCGACUGCCGAGGAAGAUGACGGUUACGUAAUAACGUACGCACACGACGAAAAUACUCGAGAAUCGAAGUUUCUGGUUAUGGAUGCAAAGUCGCCGACUCUCGAUUUAGUGGCCGCCGUGAAGCUGCCGCAAAGGGUGCCCAACGGCAUCCAUGGCCUCUUUGUAUCUGAGAAAGACCUCAAAAGGCUUUGA